GAAUCCUCAGAAUGUGAGGUUUCUCUCAAAGGCAUCUUGCAUCAGCCUGUGGAUGUAUGCCUACCGCCGGGCGCCUUCACCGGCAAAGUGGAAGAAGAAGCGUCUCACAACAAAUCCUUCCUUUUGGGUUGGGGGAACGCGGUGGAUUAUAGCUCUGUUUUCUCCUUUCAAAACUGUUCACUCCUGGAUGAACGGAGAUCUACAACCGGUCUGGGGUUCAAUGCUCUAGGAAGUUCCGAGGCUGGUGGCUUGAAGCAAGGAAGCUGCAAUAAUUGAAGAGAAACAGAGGCCAGCUGUUCUUGAAGAUCUCGUUCCUCAGAGAAUGUUCUGCACCUGUUGAUGCUCCAGUUCCAACACCAUCUUCUGAGAUGAUCCUGAUUCCCAGAAUGCCCUUGGUGCUGCUCCUGCUGCUGCCUAUCUUGAGUUCUGCAAAAGCUCAGGUUAAUCCAGCCAUAUGCCGCUAUCCUCUGGGCAUGUCAGGAGGCCACAUUCCAGAUGAGGACAUCACAGCUUCCAGUCAGUGGUCAGAAUCCACAGCUGCCAAAUAUGGAAGGCUGGAUUCAGAAGAAGGGGAUGGAGCCUGGUGUCCUGAGAUUCCAGUGGAACCCGAUGACCUGAAGGAGUUUCUGCAGAUUGACUUGCACACCCUGCACUUUAUCACUCUGGUGGGGACCCAGGGGCGCCAUGCAGGGGGCCAUGGUAUUGAGUUUGCCCCCAAGUACAAGAUCAAUUACAGUCGGGAUGGCACUCGCUGGAUCUCUUGGCGGAACCGGCAUGGAAAACAGGUGCUGGAUGGAAAUAGUAACCCCUAUGACAUUUUCCUAAAGGACUUGGAGCCACCCAUUGUGGCCAGAUUUGUCCGCUUCAUUCCGGUCACUGACCACUCCAUGAAUGUGUGCAUGAGAGUGGAGCUUUAUGGCUGUGUCUGGCUAGAUGGCUUGGUGUCUUACAACGCUCCAGCUGGACAGCAGUUUGUACUCCCUGGAGGCUCCAUCAUUUAUCUAAACGAUUCUGUCUAUGAUGGAGCCGUUGGGUACAGCAUGACUGAAGGGCUGGGUCAGUUGACAGAUGGGGUGUCCGGCCUGGACGAUUUCACCCAGACCCAUGAAUACCACGUGUGGCCCGGUUAUGACUACGUAGGCUGGAGGAAUGAGAGUGCCACCAAUGGUUACAUCGAGAUCAUGUUUGAAUUUGACCGCAUCAGGAAUUUCACUACAAUGAAGGUCCACUGCAACAACAUGUUUGCUAAAGGUGUGAAGAUCUUUAAGGAGGUACAGUGCUACUUCCGCUCUGAAGCCAAUGAGUGGGAACCUAAUGCCAUCUCCUUUCCCCUUGUCCUGGAUGACGUCAACCCCAGUGCUCGGUUCGUCACAGUGCCUCUCCAUCACCGCAUGGCCAGUGCCAUCAAGUGCCAAUACCAUUUUGCUGACACCUGGAUGAUGUUCAGUGAGAUCACCUUCCAAUCAGAUGCUGCGAUGUACAACAACUCUGGAGCCCUGCCCACCUUGCCUGUGGCACCUACAACCUACGAUCCAAUGCUUAAAGUCGAUGACAGCAACACUCGGAUCCUGAUUGGCUGCUUGGUGGCCAUCAUCUUCAUCCUUCUGGCCAUCAUUGUCAUCAUUCUCUGGAGGCAGUUUUGGCAGAAAAUGCUGGAGAAGGCUUCCCGGAGGAUGCUGGAUGAUGAAAUGACAGUCAGCCUUUCCCUGCCAAGCGAGUCCAGCAUGUUCAACAAUAACCGCUCCUCAUCGCCAAGUGAGCAGGAGUCCAACUCCACUUAUGAUCGCAUCUUUCCCCUUCGCCCUGACUACCAGGAGCCGUCCAGGCUGAUACGAAAACUCCCAGAAUUUGCUCCAGGGGAGGAAGAGUCAGGCUGCAGCGGCAUUGUGAAGCCGGUCCAGCCCAAUGGGCCUGAGGGGGUGCCCCACUAUGCAGAGGCUGACAUUGUGAACCUCCAGGGCGUGACUGGAGGCAACACCUACUCAGUGCCUGCUGUUACCAUGGACCUGCUCUCAGGAAAAGACGUGGCUGUGGAAGAGUUCCCCAGGAAACUCUUAACUUUCAAGGAGAAGCUGGGAGAAGGCCAGUUCGGGGAGGUUCAUCUCUGUGAAGUGGAGGGAAUGGAAAAAUUCAAAGACAAAGAUUUUGCCCUAGAUGUCAGUGCCAACCAGCCUGUCCUGGUGGCUGUGAAAAUGCUCCGAGCAGAUGCCAACAAGAAUGCCAGGAAUGAUUUUCUUAAGGAGAUAAAGAUCAUGUCCCGGCUCAAGGAUGCAAACAUCAUCCGUCUUCUAGCUGUGUGCAUCACUGAUGAUCCUCUCUGCAUGAUCACUGAGUACAUGGAGAAUGGAGAUCUCAAUCAGUUUCUUUCCCGCCAUGAGCCCCCCGAUUCUUCCUCCAGCAACGUACCCACAGUCAGUUAUGCCAACCUGAAGUUUAUGGCUACCCAGAUUGCCUCUGGCAUGAAGUACCUUUCCUCUCUUAAUUUUGUCCACCGAGACCUGGCCACACGAAACUGCUUAGUGGGUAAGAACUAUACCAUCAAGAUAGCUGACUUUGGAAUGAGCAGAAACCUGUACAGUGGUGACUACUACCGGAUCCAGGGCCGGGCAGUGCUCCCUAUCCGCUGGAUGUCUUGGGAGAGCAUCUUGCUGGGCAAAUUCACUACAGCAAGUGAUGUGUGGGCCUUUGGGGUGACUCUGUGGGAGACUUUCACCUUUUGCCAGGAGCAACCCUAUUCCCAGCUCUCAGAUGAACAGGUCAUUGAGAAUACUGGAGAGUUCUUCCGAGACCAAGGGAGGCAGACGUAUCUCCCCCAGCCUGCCAUUUGCCCUGACUCUGUAUAUAAGCUGAUGCUCAGCUGCUGGAGAAGAGACACCAAGCACCGUCCCUCGUUCCAGGAAAUCCACCUUCUGCUCCUUCAACAGGUGGACGAGUGAUGCUGUCAAUGCCUGGCGACGUUCUGAUGGCCCAGGUCCUCCUCACAAGACCUACCACUCACCCACGCCUAAGCCACUCCAUCUGGACGUUGAAUGGGCCUGAGAGACAGAGGCCGUUUGCUUUUCUCUGUCUCUGUCCCUCGUCUCCCUCCACUCCACUCCCUCACUGUCUACCCCCAACCCAUAUAUACAUUUUUUUUUUUACAUUAAAGAACUAAAAAAGAAAAAAAAAAAAGCCUAGGGCAGAUAAAAUCUAGUAAAGAAAUCUUACUUGAUAUACCAAAGUGUUGGAUAACGAAGGCUAGAUAAUUUAGAUAAUUUAUAAAGGUUAAAUAUGCUUGUGUUUAUAAAUGUGCAGAUUCUACAAUAUUUUUUCUCUACGUCACCUUU